UAACCUUGGAUGCCACAGUUGGACUUUACAUAGUAGGUGCCUUUCUAGACAAGUUCUAUUAUGGAUUCCAUCCCCAGGCGAAGACAGGGUAUCAUUCUGUAGUGAAGGCGGAGUCUUCUCCCAAUUGCCCUGCCUCAGCUUCAGUGUUGGUAUUACAGGUAUAAAGCACCCACUCAAUUAACCGUGUAUCAAGAUUGUGCUAAUCACAACUCCACACUGUGCUCAGUCUUACUAAUUGUUUAUUUAAACGUUCUCUGCUAUGAGAUUCAGAACAUUUUAUAUCAAGGAUAAUUCUGUGCAUUCUUUAUGAAUUAUCACCAUGCUUAAAAUGGGGCACACCAGUACUAAAUUCGGCUGUGUAACAAUGACUAAUUCGCACACCUCGUAUAUGUAGUGCUAGAUGGCUGCUGAGUGCCCGCUAACAACUCGAUAUCUGCCCCUCUGGUCCUGUCGCUCAGACCUCCUACUGACAUCAGGAGGCAGCGUCCUGACCCUUCGCGACCUCUUUGUCAUGGCGUCCGCGGGGCGUCUACCAGCCCAGGCUUCUGCAGUCAGGCGGGCGUGGACCUUCCCAAGAUGGCCGGGCUGAGCCCACGGCGCGCGGUGGGCGGGAUUCCGCCGCCGGAGGCGGGGCAGCAGGGCCGAGGGGUCGGGCCAGCAGGCGUGCGGCUUCCCAAGUAGGCAGGCUCAGCGCGCUUGCGCGGAGCGGCCCUGCGCGCAGUGAGGCAGUGGCGGGGGAAGGCACCGGUGGGGCCGACGGGCGGGCUGAGGGAAGCGGGCGAGCGAAGUCCCAGUGCACACCGCGGCGGCCCGGGUAUCCUCCCCUUCCGGGCGUGAGGCGCUGAGAGGAAAGCGGAGCGGAGCCGAUUCACAUCGGCAGCUAGGUGCUUCUCCGGUCGCCCCAGACCGGCCUCCCGCGGCUUCGGCGCUCCAGUCGCGGGGCCCGGGUUCCUCAACACACCUAGCCCCAGCCGCCGUCAGAGCUUGUCCGUAGUUCCUCGAAGCCCCGGCGGCAGCCCGGGCUCUUGGCGGGGAGGAUGACGGAGCUGCAGUCGGCGCUGCUACUGCGAAGACAGCUGGCAGAACUCAACAAAAACCCAGUGGAAGGCUUUUCAGCAGGUUUAAUAGACGACAAUGAUCUCUACCGGUGGGAAGUUCUUAUUAUUGGUCCUCCAGAUACACUUUACGAAGGUGGUGUUUUUAAAGCUCAUCUCACUUUCCCAAAAGAUUAUCCCCUCCGACCUCCUAAAAUGAAAUUCAUUACAGAGAUUUGGCACCCAAAUGUUGAUAAAAAUGGUGAUGUUUGCAUUUCUAUUCUUCAUGAGCCUGGGGAGGAUAAAUAUGGUUAUGAGAAGCCAGAGGAACGUUGGUUGCCUAUCCAUACUGUGGAAACCAUCAUGAUUAGUGUCAUCUCUAUGCUGGCAGACCCGAAUGGAGAUUCACCUGCGAAUGUAGAUGCUGCGAAAGAAUGGAGGGAAGACAGAAAUGGAGAAUUUAAAAGGAAAGUUGCCCGCUGUGUAAGAAAAAGCCAAGAAACUGCUUUUGAGUGAUGUUUAUUCAAUAGCUAGUAACUUCAGUUAUUUCAGGGUCUCCAAUUGAGAAACAUGGCACUGUUUUUCCUGCACUCUACCCACCUAUUGCUGGGUCUUCUGUUGUAACAAGUUGGCAAACUCUGGCUGGAACUGGGCUGCAAUAAAACAUGCCAGUCAUUAAUGCUGACAAGAGCCUAACAAGUGCCAACUUACAGAUGAUUACGCAUUUUGAAUUCUAAUGAACUGUUUUAACCUUCAGGAAGAAUUGUAAAGACCUGUACAUAGCACAACAUGAUCCGGAUAAUAUAUAUACUGUUCAUGUACAUCCACAAACACACCUUGUACCAAAUAAUGCUUUCUUGUAGUAGAAUAAGAAUCGUGUAAAUUCUAAAAGACUUUAGCAGGUUUUCUUUUCCUAUUCAUCGUUUCUUAUCAGUUCAAAAAGAUUCCUUAAAGCAUGUCAGGUGAAAACCAAUAAGGAUUAAAAGUUUCCAUAUAAUUUCCUUUAAACCAUUGAGUCUUCAUUACACUCUUUUCCAUUUACUAAUCUUUUGUAUUUUCUUUGUUUUGCCACACUUCCUUUCCUUUUAUCUCUUCUAUCUGCCAGAAAGUUCUCAAAUCACUUAGUUAAAAUACUGAAAUACUAGUAAAUUACUUGAUUUUUCACGAUGACCUCAGUGGGGUCAUCACUAGGUGCUUUGUCCUUUUAUACUUGGAUUCACCCAUCUCUUGGAUUGGAUGUAGCAAUAACAUUUUCUGGCUGUUGAGAGUUCUUGAUCUUAGUCAUUAUCUCCUGAGAACUUAAAAAAAAAAAGAAAAAAAAGUAAGGUCUGUUCUAACUAAGUUCAACUUAGCGAAAUUUAUUCCAAACAAUGCAAAAAUCCAGAUUUGGCUCUAUCUUUGCCCUUAAGUUGCCUAAUAUUAAGGUUGGAUGAAUAAAGCAUGCACAACUACAGGCUUUCUACAUCUGGGAUUGCUAUUAAAAAUGCUA